UCCCCAUGUUUGCCCUUCCCCCAACACCCCAGGACAGCCUGUCCUGAUAUAGAUGGACCCAGGGCUGGUUUAAAAUGACAGUCUCAAGUUCUUUGAGAAAGAGAAAGCUAAUUCAAAGAAACAGCCAGACAAGCUUCCUUUCUCUGCAGGAAUAAAUAUUAUCCCCCUUCCCCAUGGCCCACCUGGGAGCCCAUUUUGCCUUUAGAUCCCGCUGGCAGAAGACCGAUGAUGAACUCUGUCGACAUAGCAUGUCUUUUAUUCUUCACAAGGCCAUUUGCAAUGACUUUUUUCAGAGCUAUCUCUACCUGCUGGAAAAAAUUCCCCUGGUGAAAUUGUAUGCUUUAACAAGCCAAGUCAUCAAUGGUGAGAUGCAGUUCUAUGCCAGAGCUAAACUUUUCUACCAAGAAGUACCAGCCACAGAACAAGGAAUGAUGGGAAAUUUUAUUGAACUAUCCAACCCAGAUAUCCAGGCCUCUCGUGAAUUUCUUAGGAAGUUCAUUGGGGGGCCAGGGAGAGCAGGAACCAGCUGUGCCUUGGACUGCGGCUCUGGGAUAGGAAGGGUCAGCAAGCACGUCUUAUUACCUGUUUUCAAUAGCGUGGAACUUGUGGACAUGAUGGAACCUUUCCUCCUUGAAGCCCAGAGCUAUCUGAAGGUCAAAGAAGACAAAGUAGAAAGCUACCACUGCUACGGCCUGCAGGAGUUCACACCACCCUAUGGAAGAUAUGAUGUCAUUUGGAUUCAGUGGGUCUCAGGGUAUCUGACUGAUAAGGACCUUCUUGCAUUUCUUUCCCGGUGCCGAGAUGGCCUGAGAGAAAAUGGUGUUAUCAUACUGAAGGACAAUGUGGCACGGGAGGGCUGUAUCUUUGAUCUUUCUGACAGCAGUGUGACUCGGGACAUGGACAUCCUCCGGAGCCUCAUCAGGAAGAGUGGACUGGUGGUGCUGGGCCAGGAGCAGCAAAAGGGUUUUCCAGAGCAGUGUGUUCCAGUGUGGAUGUUUGCACUGCACCGUGGCAGACACUCCUGAUCAGCAGUGGGAAUGAACAACUGAACUGAAC